CCCGGGCCCGGGGAACGGGACGGGACGGGACGGCAGCGAGAACCGGGAGCUCGGCGGGAGGGAGGGGACGGAGGAGCGACUCCUCACCGCGGCACCCCCAGCCCGCCUCCGCCUGCCCAGUCCGCCGCUGGGGGCGCUGGCCCUCACACUCCAGCGGGCAUUGUCAGAGAUGUCCCUGAGCCCGCGCCGCAGCCCGCAUGCCCGCCCUGGGAGGAGCGGCCGCCUUUGUGGAGCCGGGACCUGCUCUGCUUUCUCGUUCAGGAGGAGCUAGCGAGGAAAUAAAACCCAGCUCGAGUUAAUGUGGGAGAAGUUCGGGUGCAGAAGAGUCUGGAUUUUUGGCUUCUUGGAGAAACAGUAGAAAAUGCAAAACGAAAUAAUAAAGCCUGCUAAAUACUUCUCAGAAGUGGAGAAGAGUGUACUGCUUGCAUUAGUUGAAAAAUACAAAUACGUGCUUGAAUGUAAAAAAAGUGAUGCAAGAACUAUUGCUCUGAAGCAACGUACCUGGCAAGCACUAGCUCAUGAAUAUAAUUCACAGCCCAGUGUAUCACUGCGAGACUUCAAACAGUUAAAGAAAUGCUGGGAAAAUAUCAAGGCACGGACAAAAAAGAUAAUGGCACAUGAAAGGCGGGAGAAGGUAAAAAGAAGUAUUAGUCCACUUAUAAGUACUCACAUCAUAGGGAAAGAGAAGAUUGCCAGCAUAAUGCCUGAGCAAAUGUACUUUUUGCAGAGCCCACCAGAAGAUUCUGAAUAUCAGCCUGAUGCUUCUAGUCAAGAGUCAUUUGUUGUCUCAAAUAGAGAACUUUGUGAUGAAGACAAAGAGCUGGUACAUUUCCCAGUAUGUGAAGGUACCUCCCAACCUGAGCCAUCGUGUUCUGAUGUCAGAAUAGCAGCAGAUAAGAACUACAGAAGUAAAGCAUCUCAGGAAAGUGCUCUGAAAAAGAUGCAUGAGGAAGAACAUCAUCAGCAAAUGUCAAUUUUGCAACUACAGUUAAUCCAAAUGAAUGAAGUUCAUGUGGCAAAAAUACAGCAAAUAGAAAGAGAGUGUGAGAUGGCUGAAGAAGAACACAGGAUAAAAAUGGAAGUGCUAAAUAAAAAGAAAAUGUAUUGGGAGAGAAAACUGCAGACCAUCACAAAAGAAUGGCCUGUAUCAUCUUUUAACAGACCCUUUCCUAAUUCACCUUAGAACAUAAAGAGGCAGAGAGUCAGUCUGAUUGAGCACAUUAAUGAGUAAUGCACACUGGAAAGAGGGUUUUUUAAUGUGAAUGUACAGUGAGUGACAGGAUAGGUGCCUGGCUGAUAGUGAGCACUCUUUUACUCUUAAUGUUUAGAGAAACAGUGGUAGAUUUCACCAAGGGGAAAACUAAAUUGUUCAUUUGUAGGUAGUUCUGAUUCGUUUAACUCUCAGAAAUGCACAGUGUUCUAAAAUGUCAAUGGAUUUUCCCCUCUGAGAAUGCCCUAACAUCCUUUUGAAAUUUAAGGUACUCUGGGUAUUCUUACAUUAGGUAUUCCUGAGAAAAUGUAACAGCUUUAAACAUGAGGUUGUAGUGUUUAUUUUGAUUUCUAUCUCUUCCCGUCUACCAUUUCCCAAAUGAAGGCAAGGGUUGGAGUUGCUCUCUGCUAUUGAGGCAAAAGGUGGUUGACAGGUAUUGGCUGGAUUGUUAUGCUGGGGCUUAGGGCAAAAAAAAAUCAAGCUGAUUAAUACAGUUCAUAACUUAUUCUUCCUAGAAGAUGGGAAAAUGAAGUAAGUAGCAAAAGGAGCACUGUAGUAACUGAGCCCUUUGCUUAUGAAGAACAGAAAUAUUUUCCAGCUGGCUGGCUGAUUGAGGGAACAAUUGUGAACUGGCCCUCCAGUUGGUUGAGCCUUGACCCACGAGAAGUUGGAAAAGUGACUUCUUCCUCAAAAGCCAUUGUGCUUGUCCUUUCUUUUCCAGGCCCAUCUUGUAUUCAAGUAGCAUACCGAACUAGGAGAGUUUCAUGCUGCUGCCAGAGCUGUGUCCUUUUCAGCUGGAGUCAUUCUGAGGGCAAGAUCUUUUUAAUGAUUCAUGAAUCUCUUAAAAUGUAGUGAACCAGCCAGUCCAUUGACAAAAUCUCUCUCUAUCUCCCUUUGCAGUACUUGAUGGCAUAGCAGCUUCCUUGAGCAUUCCAACCUCUCCCUAGCUAGAAGAAAAGUCUAAGACUCUCCCCCUUUUCCUUCAUACAGGGUGGGAAGCAGUUCAAGGGAAUCAUUCCUGUCUCAGAGCACCAUUCUAUUUUGUUCUGUUGUGUGUGUUACAGUGCUGUGUUUCUUGCCUUUGCUGUCAGUGAGGGGUGAUAGACAUAGAAUCAUAGUCAUAGAAUAGUUAGGGUUGGAAAGGACUUUGAGAUCAUCUAGUUCCAACCUCCCUGCCAUAGGCAGGGGCACCACACAGUAAACCAUGUCACCUAAGACUCUGUCCUGGCCUUGAACACCGCCAGGGAUGGAGCAUUCACAACCUCCCUGGGCAACCUGUUCCAGUGCCUCACCAGCUUCACAGUAAAGAACUUCUUCCUUAUACCUAAUCUAAACUUCCCCUGUUCAAGUUUAAACCCAUUCCCCCUUGUCCUAUCACUGCAGUUCCUGACAAAAAGUCCCUCCCCAGCAUCCUUGUAGGCCCCCUUCAGAUACUGGCAGGCUGCUCUGAGGUCUCCACGCAGCCUUCUCUUCUCCAGGCUGAACAGCCCCAACUCUCUCAGCCUGUCUUCAUACGGGAGGUGCUCCAGCCCUCUUACCAUCCUCGUGGCCCUCCUCUGGACUUGCUCCAACAGCUCCAUGUCCUUUUUAUGUUGAGGACACCAGAACUGUACACAGUACUGCAAGUAGGGUCUCACGAGAGCAGAGUAGAGGGGCAGGAUCAGCUCCUUCGACCUGCUGGUCACGCUUCUUUUGAUGCAGCCCAGGAUGCGGUUGGCUUUCUGGGCUGCAAGCGCACACUGAAGCCGGCUCAUAUUAAGCUUCUCAUCAACCAACACCCCCAAGUCCUUCUCUGCAGGGCUGCUCUGAAUCUCUUCUCCGCCCAACCUGUAGCAGUGCCUGGGAUUGCCCCAACCCACGUGUAGGACCUUGCACUUGGCUUUGUUGAGCUUCAUGAGGUUGGCAUCGGCCCACCUCACAAGUGUGUCAAAGCUCCUCUGGAUUGACCUUACAUGAUUUGUAUGAAAACAUUCACAUGAAGGUCCCCACAGAGUUUGGGGGUCCAGAAUAGUAGAUGGUAGGAAAGCACAAAGAAAGAUAAUCCUUCCCCAGACAAUCAUUUAGUCUAGUGGGGCAAGGCUGAAGAAAACAUGAAAUACAGAACUCCACAAAGAUUCAUAAGAACUUCUGACAUAUGAAAAGCUGUUUUACAGGAAGAUGUACAACAACCAUUUGCAGCAGUGAGAAAAAUGAACAAAAAAAUUAAUUGGAAAACCUGAGUAUCCCAUUAUUCAGUAAAGUAUUUUCAGAUCAUGAUUCAUGUGGGCAAGUCCAUACAGUAAGCAACAUAUUCAGAUUGGAGUGUAUUACAAAACAUUCAUUCCCAAUUACACUCCCAUCUCUUCCCUGGAUGUUCUUUCUGAUGGAGUGAAUUUCUUUUGGUGUUGGGGUUUGGGUUUGGUGUGGUUUUUUUUCCCCCGUCUUUCUUUUUCUUGAACGGCUUUCCCUGUUGGUGAUUCAUCUUUGCAAGCACUGCCAUUAUCAACCACAGUACUAACUGUGGUUAACACUGUUGUAGGGUUGCUCCCUUCAACAUGCUAACACCAGCAAUUGCAAUGGGGGUGAUUUAUUACAACUUCUUUUAUAUGACAGAGAAAAAAAUUCACACAGCUGCAGCAAGAUCAGAAAAAUAGGCCAUGUGUGAAAUCUGAAGACAGAUCUUUCUGACAGCAAACUCAGUUUUUCUUAUUAACUGGCUGUAUGAAGGAAGCACAGGACUUCCAAAGAAGGAUGUCAUUAUGGACACUUUUUUCCUGCUGAAUGGAAACACUACUGGAAAGUAUAGUAACAGUAGAGCCAAAUAAAAAGAAGUAAACGAGGGCGAGGACCUUUUUGUUCUGAAGUUGCAUUCUGUGAUCUGGAAGAUGAGUCACUUGUUCGAGUGGUUAUGACAAUUGUUGAAGCACCAUCCAGAAAAAAGAAUAGGAAAGACAUUUGUCUAAACCAGUGAUGGGAUUCCUUCCACACUGCUUCUAAGUGAAAGUAACUUGAAGCUAUGAAAUUGAAACCAUGUAUGUUAAAGUGUCAAAAACUGAUGAACAGAGGCAAUUUCAGCACUGAGAAGAGAGCAAAAACAGAAACCAUCUGGGUCCAGAUAGCCCUGUGAGAAGGUAUGAAAUAGUCCAGGGAGAAUCUCAUUAGAUGUGAGAUAAGGCUAGUUUUGACUCCUGAAAGUUAUACCAUUGCUCAUGAAAGAUUGUUUUAUUUUUUUAUUAAAAAUAAUUUUUAAUGUGCAUGUUUUCAGACUGUACUAAGUGGUCAAUGCCUUGCAUUUUGGUAUAUAUUCUUAUUCUGACACCAAAAGUUACAGUUCUUAGGCUGAACAACAGACCCUUUUAAUUCAGCUUCUAUUUGAAAGAAAGAAGAUCACAGGAGGAAAAUUAGAAAGAGCCAAGAUGAAGACAUGAAAGAAAGAAUGAUCAGUACAUGAGUAGAGGAAGAAUGGGAAUGUCACACCUAACACAAACAACACAAGAUGUUUUUGUGGUACAGGUGAUGGAUGACUUACUAGUGACACAGGCUUUUGCUUUCCCAUCUGUGGUUGACUUUUGUUUGCUGUAAGGUUGGGUGAUAAGACACAGAAAAAUGUAAAAGAUCAACAAGAUGAAGUAAUGUGUGUCCUUGUCAGGCUUUGACUUCUCCAUCUAAAGUCUUUACGAGGUGAUUGGUGUGGUGGAGUUUAAAUGACUUGAGAAAUGUGGCUUUUACCAUUUAUUAUUUUUGCAAUUAUUUCCUCAAGUAUUAAGAUUUAUCUUUCCUUUUGUUUGACUUUUCUUACAUGUAAUAUAGCCAUCUCAGACAAUAUGUCCAUUUGUUCCUCUCUCUUUUGUCUAGCUUACAUCAUUCAAAUACUUUCACAUAAUUGUGUUUUCCUGUUAACCAUUUUCCCACAGAUAAAAUACAGCAGUAUUUUAAGAAGAAGAACAUACCUGUUCUUCUUCUCUGGAUUUGUUAUACGAGUUGUUGGCAAGAAUGAACUUAAAAGAUGGACUGGGCAAAAUGAUCCCUGUUUAACUCUGUAAGAAAAAAUAUAUACCAGACAUGUAGUGGCCAUUGGUCUCAGCCUCUAUGUGCUUAUGAAGAGAAAUGAUCACCUUCUAGGCAAGAUGUGGGAAAUUCCUUUAUGCUUACCAAAUUGACAUGAAUCUGGCUCCAAGUGCUGUCUCUCCUUGGAGAUCAUCUGGCUUGUUAUCUGGUAUAAUCUUUCUGAUUUGUUGAUUUUCUUUACUUCUGUAUUUCUUGCUUAUGUCUGUUUACCCCCUUUUUUAAAUCAGCAAUAUGAGCAGGGGAUUUCAGCCAGAGCUACAUGUUUUGCUCUUUCCUUUGUCUUGCCCAGAAUGCCUAUAACACAAUAUUUGAGCAUGAAAUGGGUGCUCCUCCGUCAUCAUCUUCCCCUUCCACAGAAAGCGCUAUUAGUUAGCCUUUUCUACACAGCUGCCCAUACAUUCUGGAUUUGGUGCACAGAGUAGGAAACAUAUUAGAGCAUUUUGAAGAAAGGUUAGUAUAGAGAAAGGUCUAUAUAGGGAAAAUCACUUUCUCUUUUCCAGCUCCAUGUAAUUCUGGGAGGAUAGCCUGUGACCACAAAGUCAUUCAUCAGGACCAGAGUUAAUGUAGGGUGCUAAAGCUGUGUAAGUGGUACUGAUUAUUCAUAAAUCCUUGGGGUUCUGCAGAAGUUACAUUUGGGGUUUCUUAAUAACAAACUCCCUUCUUUCUAGGUAGUGAAUGAGUCUCGGUGUAAGAUUUGCACACACACUUCCUCAAAUUGACAAAGAAAUAACCCAUCCUGCAGUCUAUUGCCCUACUUCUUUCAACGCCCAGGCUGCUUUAUCACAGGAGCAAGGGAUCUUGCUGCUUGCCACAAAUCCUCUCUGUGAUGUUCCUUCCUACACUGCAGAGAUGUAUUUAGCCAGGGCUGAAAGACACAGCCCCCUCAGCCAGCCAUUGCCCAGAGCAGUGGUCCUCAUAGAUUAGGGGAAGCUGCUGUGGCCAGAGAAAGAAGGGUGGUUCAGUGCUACUCUGCUCUGAGUUAUACCACACAUAGUGCAGCUGAGGAUGUUGACCUGAAUCUUGUUUAAUGAUAACUUAUCUUUGUGUGUUGCCAAUACCAAAUUUUAGCAGUAUCCCAAGGACUUGUAUGAUUGCAUGGGUGUUUUUCAAUAUUCUUUUGCAGAUUUUUAUUUUUGCUGGUUAUUGUUAGGGUGCCUUUUACAAUGUGUCCUCUUCCUUCCUCCCCACUUGCAUUGUAAUGCUGCCAGUUUCAUUCUGAAUCUCUAUGGUCACAGUGUACAGGUUGUACAUAGUCUAUACAACCCCACAUUCAUGCAGUAUCAUGUUUUCAGGUGUUUUUCUCAUGAUGACAUUGAAACUGCUACACAUUUCUAUACUGUUACUUUGGGGGUAGGGGAAUUACAUGUGAAUCUUAAAAUAACAUUUUACGCAAGUAGUCCUGUGAUUUCAUACUUUGAGCCAGCUUGUUCAGAGCUGUUUUUGUAAGAAAGACUGAUGCAUCUUAGUUAUUUUCAUAAGAUAAUUGCCUGUCUUUUCGCUUUAUUUUUGUUUCUUUGCAAAACAGCUGACUGUAAACCCACACAUCAUCACUCUUCCUGAACUCUGUCUCUAGUUAUUCAAAAAUGUUUCCGUGCAAAUUAAGUACUAAUGUGUACUAAAAUUAAUACAGCUAGGCUAAUGAAAUAAACCAAGUAAUGAGAUGAUAGGAUAAUAUGCAGUGACUGUUAAUUUAAUUUAAAAAACAUUACAGAGGACAGCUCUGUACAUCUGAUCAAAAGAAAGAAAACAAUUUGUUGCCAUCUAUAAGAAUAGGAUAACAAUAUAUUUUUACAAUGAAAGCAAGCAGCAAUCUCUGUUUCAGUAUCCCAGAUUAACUUCUGUGCUGCUGAUUUACAAGGGACUUUGCUUCUUAGCUAUCUUUUAUUUUUUACUUUUUGCUUGGUCAUGGAAUUACUUAAACCAGCUUGAUUCUCUUCUAUGUAAAAAAAAUGCACAUAGAAAUGUGGACAGAUUUCUGGGCCUAAAACAAGAGCAAUAAAAUAAAAACAUCCUAGAUGUGGCUCUGAACAUUUUGCUAUUCUGAUGGUGAAGGGAUUAAGCAUCCCACAGCAUCAUCAGUCAUGUUAAUAACACUGAACAACUUAAAAACUUGCAAAAAAAGGCUGGUGUGGUUUUCAGAGCAAGUCAGAAGUGAAGACAGCUCUUAGCUGUCCCAAGAGGUCACGUAUGGCAAACAAUUCCCCCACAUGGUCUUUACCUUCCCUGAAUACUCCUUCCUUUGAGACACCUCUAUCAUACCAUUCACAGCUCCAAGUGCCUGACAAUAAGAAAAGUAGCUGUGCCAAGUAGGAAUCCUGCCAGUUAUUAGACCUCACUCUUUAUUACACUGAAGUUGGACAAUUAUCUGAGACUGCAUUAUCCAGAUACGCAUGCUAUGCACCGAGGAAAGGCAUGUGAAAUUCGUUCAGCACAUAGUCUGCCAAAUGGCAUAGGCUAUACAGCAAGCAAAAAGAAAAGGUUGUCACCACGUGUCUGGGGGUUAUAAAACUGUUACAUUCAUGAAGGCAUGUGGAUGCAUCUAACUGGAUGUUCAACCUCUUUAGCAGUAAGAAUCAAAAAGCAUUUUUGCCCAAUUUAUCUAAUUCAUCCUAGUCCAGAUUUCCCAAUGUGUCAAAACAGCCACAAGACAAAAAACAACAAGGAAAAUAAAUAAAUAAAUAACCAGCCAAAAUAACUAGAAACAAUCUGUUGCCUUCCUGAUGAAAAGCUGACUAGAUAAAAAGCUACACUACAUAUAUCAAUAUAUAUUUAGAUUUAGGGAAGUAACUCUAAUGUAACAGAAAUAAAGCAAGAUAGAUUUUUAGAUUGUCCUUAUUUAAUUUAUGUGGGGUUUGGGGGUUUGUUUUAAUGUUGAUUGAGAUUGUUUUCCUUUUGUUAGUCCAGCUGCAGAACAGUUGUGUGAUUCGGUUUCUGACCAAAUGUUAGAGCACCUCAUUAAUCAAAUUUGUUUGGCGAGAGAGUAGAAAUAGGUUUGUAUUCAGCACAACUUGAGAUUGAUUGUAUUCCACAAGUCUUCAGAUAUUUCUUCUCAGAUACAAGAGGCUGGUUUUGGACAGCCCUGGAUCUGGAACUAGCAAUAUACACCAAUUUAGUACUAAUUCAUUAUUUAUAUGGCACUAACGAGGUGACUUAUAAGCUGCUCAAGCUCUGUCUGUUAUUUGGUCAUGUACAAAUCCCUUCCUUUUUCUUAGAAUUAUGCCCUGAUAUUAUGUACUAAGCCACAAAUGGACCUGCUGAAUUGCCCAUAUAAAUUCCUGCCACACAUUCUCUAUUACAGUAUAACGUGGAGAAGAAAGCUCCUGUUCCUGUUUAAUUGUGGAGUUUUGAAGUUUUGACCUGUUACUCUCACUGAAGCUUUGCUAAAAUUUGUUUUGUUCUGUUAGACACCUAUGUGUUCCCACAAACCAUCCUUCAAUCCAAUGAGCUGUGUGGCCUUAUAACAUUUGGAUACCAAGCCUAUGGACUGUCAGAAGUCGGAAUCGAUACACACAUGAUAAAUACUAUUUAUUUGAAACAGAUCUUGUAAAUGCUCUCACAUACUGAGACUCUGAAAAGUCCAAAUUAGGGAGGUGAUGUGAUGGAUUUGGUAUUUAAACCGGGGCAGAGAUUUUGGCGGGCCAGGAGUUAUCAGUGCUGACCUAAUAAGAGAGGUUCAGCCUCUGUUUAAGGAACAAUAAUGUCCAAUCCAAAUAUUGCCUUACCUCCAAGUUUCCAUCUAAAAUGAAGUGUAAUGAGAAGUCCUUGCCAAAUAAAGCAACAGUAGUUUCCAAAAUGCACUUGUUUUGCUUUCAAUUACUGGCUUGCAUGAGUGCUUUGAGGCCAGGCUGGGCUUUAUCUUGCACUCUGUUGGUGGCUGAUAGCAUUUGAAGACAACUUCCCAUACUGAUUCUGUCCUGUUUCUCUUGAAUGCAAUACUCCUACUUGGAUGCACUGAGCCAUAAGGUUGUGCCAGUUGGACCAUGUUGAGAGUCUCACCUUCUCAAGUUGUCUGGCACUGACUCAUUGCAACUUUUCCAAUUCCCAAAUCAGUGGUGGUGGAUGAAUUUGAAUAAAAAAUGAGGGGCUUUUUGGCCAGUGGGAGCAACCAUCAUUGCUAACUGUGUCACUGAGGUGCCCUAUCACACUGAUAAGGUGACAAAUUUAGAGGCAUAAUCAAUGAACAAUUGCAAUAGUACUUCAUCUCAGCCAAUUAAAACUCUAUCUUCUGGGGUAAAUCUUGCUUUUACUCCUCUUGCAGACUGAUACGUUUAUUGCUUGCUUCCAGUUUAUACUUCCACAACGCCACUGAAAUGUUGUCACGGAGAUAAGUGUCAGUCUCUGCUCUCAUUCUGCUCCAAAUACUGCAGCUACCACUGCUGCUUCUGUAAAUCCAGCACGAGCGCACUGUCAAGGUGCCAGUCUGGGAAAAUCGGUCAUGGGAGAAGACUGGCUUAAAUCUAAGCCCUUCUGCUACACACAGCACAGGUAUAAGUGGCUCAAGCCCUAUCGCACAUCAAACUCAAGCACACAUCCUGUCAUGACUUAAAACACAAGUAUGGACCUAGUAACAACCGUGGGGUGCUUUGGAGAUCUAUAAAAAAUACUUUGGGUGGUAAGAAAUUGAUUUUUUUUAAAUUGUUAUGUAUUAAAAUCUUCCAAAUCAUGGACCAAGUUAAAACUAUGCCCUGUCAGUGUUGAGCUACCAAGAGCAAUAAAUUCACACAGCUUCAGCCUGGCAGAUUCAGUUCUCAGUUAAGAUUUGGUUAACUGGUACAGUUAAUGUAUCACACAGGCAUGCUCUCAUGUUUCUUCCUCAUAAAAUCUUUCCUGUUUCUAUCAAAUUAGUUCACAUUCUUCAUUAAAAAAAAUAAAGCCAACUAUGUUAAUCCAUCCCCAGUUAGAUAUAUAUAAAUUCAACCAAAUUAAUAAUAUAUAAUUUUUUCCUAAUAUGUUGUAUUUUCAGCUAUAUGUGGGCUUUUGUGUUUAUUUAUACUUUUCACCUUUGUUUUGCUUUUUCCUGAGGAAUCUAAAGUUAAUGAGAGAUCUGAUCUUCAACUUCUCAAGAUGCAGAUGUCCUGACAUGUUAGAUUGAUACCUGAAAAAGUUCUGGUAAUCCAGAAAUGCAAAUACAGAGAUAUUCCGUUCUAUUCCACUUCCCAAAGAACUAGAGAGCAUAGCCCUAAUCAUGCCCUUUUUUUUUUUUUUUUUUUUUGUGGUUUUGUUUCAGAACUUCCAGAACAAGAUGUACAAUCUGUUUUACCACCAACUAGCACCCAGCAGCACAAGUGUAGCUACAGGGCCUGUUUUUCAGAGGUGCUGACCCACUGUCUUCAACAGGGGUCAUGGCAACUCAGGACUUUGGGGCAAAAUGGGCUCUAGAAACCUUGGAUAGGAUUUUUAACAGAGCAUGUUGGUUACACUUUCAGAUCCCACCAGUUUCCGGGGAGCAUUGGAGCAACACUUCCCUUGGGCAUCUUCUGGAAUUUCCAAGUUAAAAAAAAUCAGAUUUUGCUCAUCAAGAGCAGUCACAUAAUAGUUUUAACAUUUUUUUUCUGCCUGUGAUAUUUGAGUGACUCAUUGCUGAGUGAGUAAGAAUCUUUCUUUUCCAAAAAUUCAUGCCAUUUAAUAGAAAUAUUUUUACAAUACCCAAGAAGCAAAAACACUUGAAGACAUAAUUUGUUUCCAAAUGUGUUAUUGCUGUGCCUGCUGGUACAACCAUCUUGUGGUGGCACAUCAUGUUGGCCAUGUUUUGACAAGUCUUAUUGGCCAGGUUUUUAGAAGUCUUAUCUUUCCAAGGGGAAAAAGUGACUUCCACUUUAAUUUGGCAAUGACCCAGCGUACUGAGAUUAUUCUGCAAGGUUCUCUCUCCAUCAUCACUGAUUCUUAUCCGGCAGAAUCUUCCCUUAUUUUGCAUAUAUAUUUGACCAGUACUGGAAUUGCACCUGAAUUUCUUUGGUCAAGGAGACUGCAAGGAUCCUCUGGAAAUUUCUGAAAGUGAUAAUCUUUCCAUGUGUGUUCAGGGGGCUCAGAAUCACUGCAGUCUAAAUGCAGAGGCAUUAGACACUGAAAAUUGGACCUCUAAAAUAUUGCCAGCACAAGAGCUUGAGAACUUCAAGGAGGCACUUGGAGCUAGGCACCCCUCUUUGUCAUUUUUGUAUAAAUGGUCAAAUAAUUAGGAAUCCAUUCUCUACACUGUGUUGUAUUUAUUAUGUGGCAUUAGCUUCCAUUGUAUUUUAACAAUAUAUGAAUUUACAUGGUGCCGUGUUUGUGCUUAUAGUCAAUGAGCAUCUAAAACAGAACUAGCACUUCAGUACUGGGCUAUUUGUCAUAAGAUACUUGAAAAUGUACAUGCUCCUUCUGAUACUGAAUAUUUUAUUGGAGUAUUUAGAUGGUAUCUCUCAUAGUCUUUGCCUUUUAUUAGCAACAGUUUCUGGGUAAUUGCACUAAAAACUAUACAUUAUUUAAGGUCCCCUUUUUAGCCAAAUUGUAGCCUCUAGGCUUCUCUGAUUUUCCUAGCAUGGCAUCAGCCUCAGUCACCUCACCUGUUGUAACGUGUUGGGUUAGUAUUUUAGUGCCUCAAACACCACCAAACCUGGUUCUGCCUUGCACAGAAAUAGCUUCUGUAAUUGCACCUUUAAAGAGAUUUUUUUUUUUUUUUGUUACUAUUGUUUUUAGUUGAUAAAUAAUGCCCACAUUAUAGUUUGACUCUCUAAGGAGCUCUCAGUUCGUCCGAGUCUCUAGUAAUGUGAGGAAUGGGGUUUUCAGUAUCUUUACUGUGUAGCUCAUUUUCAUAGCAAAUUCUUUGGUUUUCCUACAGAAAGAGUGAGUAAAAGGAGACAAAAGUAGGGUCCUAAAAUGUAUACUUUCUAAUGGUUGGAAAUGCAACCAAAAGCACCACUGGAGGAAGAGAUUCAAUAAUUGUCAAAGUGAGGGAAAUCUACUGUAUGUCUGAAACUCACAGCAUCUGUAAUAAGGAUGACUGACUGUACAUUUUAGUGCCUUGUCUCUUGUAAAAUGUUUAAUCAUAAAUUACUAAACAUAAAUAAUUAAUAAUUUCUGAGAAAAUGUAUCUAAAUAUUGUUAAUAGGAGCUGUAUAUUCACAGAAAAGUCAAUAAAUCGUCAACUAUUUUUAUGCAUUAAUUAGAUGAGAUUUUUAGCCUCCAUUCUUUCAGAGUUGUUUUCAAAUAAUGCCAUUUGAUUUGCACACAACUGUGCUAUUCCUGUCUUUUAAACUAAACUCCACUCAACUGCACAUAACAGAGAAACUUUUUUGGUUGUGCUGUCAAAUUUUGUGGGAGAAAGUGCUAUUUGUGAGGCCCAUUGUACAUAUUCUCCACAGAGCUUUGUAUUUUGCUUGAUUAAUGCUGAUAUAGUCAUAGGUUCCUCUGAAAUGUUCAUCCUGUAGGUCUAUUGAGUAGACCAGGUUUGAACCUGAAUUAAGCACUAGUAGUUUGCUUCUGGACAGUCUGUGUCAGGCACUGAUGGGCAAUAAACAUAUUUGGGUUCCCGUUAA